ACCAACACUAGUAAAUAAUUAAAUACAAACCAUAAAUCUGGUUUGUUAAUAAUUGUAACUGUCGCUAUUAUCAAGCUAUUUUUAUGUUUCGGUUUCUAUUCUGUUGACACACGGAGAGAACAAAGAGAAACCCGGUCCACAUGUUCCCGCGUUACAUGCCCCUGCCGGCGCGUCCUCAUUCGCUGCCACACCGACACCGCUCGACCAAUCGCGCGGCAUCACACUGAGAAUGCCUUAACGUCGGCUCCUCUGAUUGGCCCAAAGCGUUUGGCGCCUCUUGAAUCCUACUGCAGCCGUAGUGGGCGGUGAGUGCGAGACGGCAGUUUGAAACAGUAGCGGAAACAUUGAGAUUGGGAGAAUUUGUUCAUCCACAAACACGGUGUAUUUUAUGACAGAGCCGGGUUAAACGCGGGAACUAACGGACGCUUUGUUAUUCUGUUCGCCGACUCUUGGGCACGUGAAGCUGGUCUCGCGCAAAGUGGUUCUCUCCCUCCUCCCUGAAGCUAACUUGCUAGCUAGUUAGCUGCCGAGCUAACCUUACAGCUAGCACCGGAGCUAGCUAAACACAAAGGACGACUUUGGCCAGUGUUUGUCAUAUAAAUCCCGAAUCACUCCGUUGGAUGAGGACGGAGACACCUGUGCAGGUUGAUCAUGGUGCUGACAGGGAAGCGCUCGGAGAAAGGUCCCAGCAUCUGGAAGAGGAGGGUGAAGUCUGAGUACAUGAGGCUUCGGCAGCUCAAACGCUUCAGACGGGCCGACGAGGUCAAGAGCAUGUUCAACAACAACCGUCAGAAAAUCAUGGAUCGAACUGACGUUUUGAACCAGGAGUGGAGGACCAGGCGAAUCCAGCCGGCUCACAUCAUGACGUCUGUCGGCUCCUUAAGAGGCACCCGAGAGUGCACGGUGGACAGCGGCUUCUCUGAGUUCUCCAGGCAGGUCAUCCCCCUGAAGACUCUGAACGCCGUGGCCUCAGUCCCGGUCAUGUACUCCUGGUCGCCGCUGCAGCAGAACUUCAUGGUGGAGGAUGAGACGGUGCUCCAUAACAUCCCCUACAUGGGAGACGAGAUCCUGGACCAAGAUGGUACUUUCAUAGAAGAGCUCAUCAAGAACUAUGACGGCAAAGUCCACGGAGACAGAGAGUGCGGCUUCAUCAACGAUGAGAUAUUCGUGGAGUUGGUCAGCUCUCUGUCGCAGUACAGCGACAACGAGGACGAGGAGGAGGAGGAGGAAGAGCAGCAGGACUUCAAGGUAGAAAAGAUGGAGGUGUGUGACGGCAAGGAGCGUCCAGAGGACCCCCGCAAGGACGGGCUCUUCAACAAUGAGAGUAAGUCCGUCUGUGAGGUCAUCACACGAUCCUUUGGGGUUACGAGAAUACGGUGACUGCAUGCAAACGUUUUGUUUGAUGUGUUGGUUGUGAAGUACAAGGAGCUGACGGAGCAGCAGCUGCCCGGCGCGCUGCCUCCUGAAUGCACGCCGAACAUCGACGGUCCGAACGCUCGCUCCGUGCAGCGCGAGCAGAGCCUGCACUCCUUCCACACUCUGUUCUGCAGACGCUGCUUCAAAUACGACUGCUUCCUCCACCCUUUCCAUGCAACUCCAAACACGUAUAAGCGAAAGAACCUGGAGAACCUGGUGGACAGUAAACCCUGCGGCAUCGUCUGCUACAUGUACCUGGUACAGGGUGGGAUGGUGAGCGAGUACCCAGCGGACUUGGUUGCAGAGCAAGCAAAGACGCCCUCCAAGCGCACGGUGGGGAGACGCCGCGGACGACUGCCCAACAGCCGGCCCGGCACCCCGUCCAUGUCCUCGGAGACCAAAGACACGGACAGCGACCGCGAGGGCAGCAAAGAAGACGAGCUGGUCAACGGCAAAGACGACGAGCUGGUCAACGGCAAAGACGACGACAAAGAUGACGAGCGGGACGACGACAAAGACGUCGAGCUGGUCAACGGCAAAGACGACGAGCUGGUCAACGGCAAAGACGACGAGCGGGACGACGAGCGGGACGACGGCAAAGACGACGAGCGGGACGACGGCAAAGACGACGAGCGGGACGACGGCAAAGACGACGAGCGGGACGACGAGGACAAGAAGGACGAUAACACCAGCAGCUCAGAGGGAAACUCUCGGUGUCAGACUCCAGUGAAGAUGAAGCUGAUCGGCGAGGCUGAAGCGGUGGAGUGGAGCGGGGCCGAGGCUUCACUCUUCAGGGUUCUCAUCGGGACGUACUACGACAACUUCUGCGCCAUUGCGCGGCUCAUCGGCACGAAGACCUGCAGACAGGUUUACGAGUUCAGGGUCAAGGAGUCGAGCAUCAUCGCUCGGGCUCCCGCCGAAGACGAGGACACGCCGCCCAGAAAGAAGAAGAGGAAACACCGACUGUGGGCCACUCACUGCAGGAAGAUCCAGCUGAAGAAAGAUGGCUCGUCCAAUCACGUGUACAACUACCAGCCAUGUGACCACCCGCGGCAGCCCUGUGACUCCUCGUGUCCCUGCGUCACGGCGCAGAACUUCUGCGAGAAGUUUUGCCAGUGCAGCUCCGAGUGUCAGAACCGGUUCCCAGGGUGUCGGUGCAAAGCUCAGUGCAACACCAAGCAGUGUCCUUGCUACCUGGCGGUGCGGGAGUGUGACCCAGACCUCUGCCUGACAUGCGGCGCCGGAGACAACUGGGACAGCAAGAACGUGUCCUGCAAGAACUGCUCCAUCCAGAGAGGCGCCAAGAAGCACCUCCUGCUGGCCCCGUCAGACGUGGCCGGUUGGGGAAUCUUCAUCAAAGAGCCGGUCCAGAAAAACGAGUUCAUCUCCGAGUACUGUGGCGAGAUCAUCUCUCAGGAUGAAGCCGACCGCAGAGGGAAAGUCUACGACAAAUACAUGUGCAGCUUCCUCUUCAACCUCAACAACGACUUUGUCGUUGACGCCACGAGGAAAGGCAACAAGAUCCGCUUUGCCAACCACUCCGUCAACCCCAACUGCUAUGCAAAAGUGAUGAUGGUGAACGGGGAUCACAGGAUCGGAAUCUUUGCUAAGAGAGCCAUCCAGACCGGAGAGGAGCUCUUCUUCGACUACAGGUACAGCCAGGCCGACGCUCUGAAGUACGUGGGCAUCGAGCGAGAGCUGGAGAUCGCCUGACUCUGACUUCUACCUCCUGUGGAUCGACAACAACAAAGGCCUUACACUCACACACAAAACAAACACACCGUCACUUCAGGAAAUCCAGACGACGUCGUCAAACCGCUAGAAAGCUUCAGGAAAACUGGGAAUAUUUGAAGCGGAAACUUUUGAUGCUGUGUUUAAAAAAAAAAACAUACUUUUCAUAUCUGAUUUUCUUCUCCUGUGAACAAACAUUCUUCUUCUUCUAGUCGAGGGUUCUUAGAUCUCCUACAAACUGACUCCUCCCCCCUCCGCCAUGUUGUGUUUUUAUACACGGUGUGAACUGAACCAAGCACGAGUGCCACAUCGCCGUCUGUCUGUGGAGCAGCAGGUCGAUCACAAAGCAGCGUCGCAGCAGAUCCAGAUGUUUUACAGCGUUCAGGUUAUUGAGGAAGUUCAUCGGCAACAAUCAUGUUCGCUCAACAUCAUCGCACUGGUUCCAGAGGUUUAUAUUUAAACUGAAUAUUCUUUGGUUUUGGACUGUUCAUUCAAAAUAUUACAUUUAAAAAAACUCAUUUUAUAGACUGAAAUAUUUAUUUAUUUACAGAGAACAUCUGCAGAUUAAGAUUCAGUUACUGAACAUGUGUUUCAAACUUUGCCUUGAGAUGAGGCCUGAAACUAAUUAUUUAUUUUGUUAUUCUGUUCAGUUUACAGUGAUUUAAAAUGGAGAAGUCAGAAGAACCAGAUUUUUUUUGUUUGAUAAUUUAUACAUUUUUUACAGUAAUUUAUCAGAUCUUUAUAUCUCAAAAAAGAAGAUUUUGUUCCUCGAUCAAAGUCGUUUCAGAAAACAAAUUUCAGUCUCUGAAACUUUAAAGUUUUUGUUCAGUGAUGACAGGAAGUCGUCAUCAUCCUUUCACUGUAAAAGCACCAGCAAACAUGUCAGCAGGUCUCAGAGAGCUCGAUGUUUAACUUCUGAUGAACUCCUUUGUUUCCUGGAGACGACUCUGCUUUGUGACUCCGCCGACGCUGCUUCAGGUGCUAAUGAGAAAAAACGAAACCAGCACUACUUCACCACUUUCACCAAACUCAACCAAAACCACACAUGAAGGUUUCAUUCAUGUCCUGCUGUCUCCCCCGCUGUCUCCCCCCCGUCUGUUACAAGUUUUCCCAGCAGCGCUGCGCUCUACUCGUACCGAGUCUCUCGGAUAUUAUUUGCUUAUUUUAAGGUCAGAGAGCUGAAGUUUAUUUAAUCAUGUAAAAAAAAAAAAAAAAAGCAGCAAAUCUUCGGAGAAUUGCGUCAUUCGAAUUGUUUCAGCUCUGAAUUCUUGGAAGAAUUGCGGAAGAAUUUAAACUUUCAAAUCUCACAUGUGAGGAGGUGAGUUAAACGUCUCUGUGGAUCCUUUAACUGAGAACGUUUACAAAGUCAAGAAUGUUUUCCUCUCAGAUGAUUCAAUAUUUCAAGACCUCACGGUGUGUAAUUACACAUCCAGAGCAUUUAAUCUGUUUCAGUCAAUCAUUGUCAAUUACUUUGUCUUUUCUGCUGCACACUUAAGUUCCUCUAAAAUAACUCGUAGUAAUUGAUUCAUUAACUAAUUAACUGAUGAGAGUACGAGUGGAGCGCAGUGAGACAGUGACGGGGAAAAAACCUAAAUGUUAAAUAGUCCUGAUGUGAUUGUAGAUGUCUGAACCUCACUUUCUCUCUCUCUGCUGUCUGUCUCUCUCUGUCUGUCUCUCUCUCUCUGCUCUCUCUCUCUUUGC